ACGCUGUCUAUUCAGCCGAAAGACCUCUGUGUUGGAUCAGCCUGCUUGGAGUGGACAUGAGGGACACUGCCAGCAACAGUCCGUUAGACCAAGGUCGCCGGAGGCAGGAGAAAGCUCGCUUGACGCAGGUGACAGCUCGCAUGACGCAGGAAGAAGCUCGCCUGACGCAGGUGACAGCUCGCAUGACGCAGGUGACAGUUCGCAUGACGCAGGUGACAGAACGCUUGAGGCAGGUGACAGCUCGCUUGAGGCAGGUGACAGCACGUAAGACGCAGGAGGCAGCCGGCUUGAGGCAGGAGGCAGCCGGCUUGAGGCAGGAGUCGGCCGACUUGAGGCAGGAGUCAGCCGACUUGAGGCAAGAGGCAGCUUAUUUGACGCAGGAGGGAGUUCACUUGAUACAAGAGAGAGAUCCCUUGACGCAAGAGGCAGCUGGCGGAAAGCAGAGUCCAGCUUCCUCGGGGUAGAACGCCUGCCUCUUCCACAUCUACCCUGGGCCCCCAGGCAUCUACCCAGGGCCCAACAUGUUUCCUGGGCCCCCAGGCAUCUACCCAGGGCCAACAUGUUUCCUGGGCCCCCAGGCAUCUACCCAGGGCCCAACAUGUUUCCUGGGCCCCCAGGCAUCUACCCAGGGCCCAACAUCUACCCUGGCCCUCCGUCACCUUCCUCCAUUCAGCUAAGAUUGCCGAUCUCCAAGGCUAGCGAGGCUCCCAGACUGAUACCCAAGGACGUUCUAGGAAUCAAUGGCCCCGGGGCCUGGCCUCCACCUUCCCUAGUCCACAAAGUGUACGAUACGGUAUUCAGGUUUAGAUCCGCCUGGGGCUUUACCCCUUUGUGUAAUGUUGAAGAGGAGUUUGGGACUGGAGAAAUGUUGCUGUUGCCCAUUUGUAUAUAGGCCAGGAGUUUUGUAUAUCUAGUGUUCACAUAGUUUAGUUUUCUUAGACCAAACUCUUGUAUAUGAUGACCAUAUUAUCCUGAGGUGAGAGAACCAGCCAGUUAGCGCAUUGUGUACAUAAAUAUGAUGCCAAAUAAGAUGAUGAACUUGAUAUUUGAAACGAUUAUGAACACUUUUUGACAUUUUGUUGGCUGGGAAGCUUCACUCAUUAAAGUAUCAAUGUGAUGAAUAUUGUGAUGCAAAGUUAAAUGUUUAUAUAAAUCUGAAGUUUCAUUUUCUGUGUUAUGAUAAGCGCAGAAUUCCUG